GCGGCGGCUGCGGCGGCGGCGGCUCCUCGAGAGUCCGGCUCAGGCUCCGGCUGCGGCUCCAGCCCGCGAUGCCCCAUUCCGUGACCCUGCGCGGGCCUUCGCCCUGGGGCUUCCGCCUGGUGGGCGGCCGGGACUUCAGCGCGCCCCUCACCAUCUCGCGGGUCCAUGCUGGCAGCAAGGCUGCAUUGGCUGCCCUGUGCCCAGGAGACCUGAUCCAGGCCAUCAACGGCGAGAGCACAGAGCUCAUGACACACCUGGAGGCACAGAACCGCAUCAAGGGCUGCCAUGAUCACCUCACACUGUCUGUGAGCAGGCCUGAGGGCAGGAGCUGGCCCAGUGCCUCUGAUGACAGCAAGGCUCAGGCACACAGGAUCCACAUUGACCCUGAGAUCCAGGAUGGCAGUCCAAUAACCAGCAGGCGGCCCUCAGGCACUGGGACUGGGCCAGAAGAUAGCAGACCAAGCCCGGGAUCUCCAUAUGGACAACCCCCUCGCUUUCCAGUCCCUCACAAUGGCAGCAGCGAGGCCACCCUGCCAGCCCAGAUGAGCACCCUGCAUGUGUCUCCACCCCCCAGCGCUGACCCAGCCAGAGGCCUCCCGCGGAGCCGGGACUGCAGAGUCGACCUGGGCUCCGAGGUGUACAGGAUGUUGCGGGAGCCGGCCGAGCCCGUGGCCGCGGAGCCCAAGCAGUCAGGCUCCUUCCGCUACUUGCAGGGCAUGCUAGAGGCCGGCGAGGGCGGGGAUUGGCACGGGCCUGGCGGCCCCCGGAACCUCAAGCCCACGGCCAGCAAGCUGGGCGCUCCGCUGAGCGGCCUGCAGGGGCUGCCCGAGUGCACGCGCUGCGGCCACGGCAUCGUGGGCACCAUCGUCAAGGCGCGGGACAAGCUCUACCAUCCCGAGUGCUUCAUGUGCAGCGACUGCGGCCUGAACCUCAAGCAGCGUGGUUACUUCUUUCUGGACGAGCGGCUCUACUGUGAGAGCCACGCCAAGGCGCGCGUGAAGCCGCCCGAGGGCUACGACGUGGUGGCGGUGUACCCCAAUGCCAAGGUGGAACUCGUCUGAGCUGGGACCCUGCUCCCGCCCCUGCUUCUUAAGGUCCCUGCUCGGCCGGUGUAAAUAUGUUUUGCCCUGUCCCUCUAAUAAAGUUCCUCUGCUCCACCUUGAACCUGUCA